CGGCGCCGAGGCGUGAGCGCGAGCACGGAAAAACCGCACAGGGAUAUGAGUGCCGAUUUGCAUUGGUUAUUUUCACGCUCGAGUCGAAAACCUUUAUUAAGUUUAAUACCCGUUGGCUAUAGCGAAAUUUUUAAUAUCGAGUGAAUUGCGCUGCAGCAGAGGCAUGAGCGAACUUCAAAGAAUAAAAGCUUUGAGGUUAAGGAGAUUCGUGGAGAAAGAGAGAAACCCCAAAUUCGCAGUUUAAUUUUCGGAAAAAACAAAUUGUCACGUAUAAAAGUGAAAUCAACGAAAAUGGCAAAGAAUAUUGCGGCAAUUCCAGCUGGAGAAUACGGCAAGCACUUCGGCAAACUGGACCUCGAUCGAGUCGGCUUCUUUGACGACUCGCCGGCUGGACCGUUCGACGAAUAUGCCGCGAGCAGGAGGACUCUGCAGCGCAACGAGGGCCUCGCAAAAGGACGCCGGCAAAUACUUUGCAAGCAACCGGGCGAUUUAUUUGAAAGGGAGUUCAAGCGUGUCUUUAGCGGAGAAGCUCUGCCCGAGCUCGGUCGCCAAUUGCACGGAACGGCCCGCGGAAAAAGAGCCAAGUCGCAGAAGUUAGGCGUGAUAAAACCUCCAGGCGCUCCGAAGCAGCACUCCACCCCAGGUGACUGGCAUGGCUGUCUGGGCAAACAGCCGGAGCGCUUUAGUCCGACGGUGAAGCCGACGGUGGAGGAGAGAGCCACGAGCAAGCCGGCGAAUUUCAAAACGGCCCCGAAUCCUCUUGGAGGCCCCGGCUACGUCGACAUCUGCCUCAACCCGUAUCUGCCUCUCUACAACGGCUACGAACCCUAUGACCCGGAUUACGAGAGAUCACCGAGAGGCGACGGCUCGAGGCGUCGCUACGUGACCACGUGCGCCCCGCAGAAGUACUUCGAGGCCAACCCUUACAAAGCUGACCCGGGUCGACGCUCCAGCUCGAGAUCAGAACCGACCAGCAGCACUGGCAUCAGGAAGCGCUUCCACGUAGCGUUUCCCGGCCCAGCCGAAGGUCCGAACUCGGGCUGUUUUGAUAGAUUUCCCAAGUACUCGAGUGAGCCGUAUCGCGACGAGUACGAGAUUCGGAAAUCGAAGACUUCCGGGAACAAGUGGCGGCCAGUGGGCUGCGACUCCAGGUCCAAGUUCACCACGAGCGUCAUCGAUCGCGUCACUCGCGUCGCCUGUAACGCCGUGAAUUUUACCGACUACCGACCGCAGAGCAAGCAUGCAGAACAUCAAAAAUUCAGAUCGAAAAUCUACGCACGAGUCAAUUAUAACCUGUGGCACUUGAAUGGUGGCUGCUAUCAGAAUCGACGAGCCGCCACGAAUAAUUGUACUCAGCGUCGGCGGUAGAGCCACGAAGCAGCUCGCGUUUACGGUAGCUCUAAUGAAAUUCUAACGCGGAUUCCAUUCUAAGGCAGCGAUACUGCAAUUGCACUUUGCAAUCAAACGAGGCUUUUAUCAAUAUUAAACUAUAUACUUAUACAUAUAGAUCGAAGUUUGGCGAACUUGAGAUCAUUUCAGAAAUUCCUAUACAUUUCGUGAUGAAAGCACGAGAAUAAUAUAACUAAUUAUUA